AUGCCCCUGGCUGGAGGAGCCCAAUAUGCUCAGCGCCCCUUGCUUGAUGCUCUAAAGGCCAGAUCUCAUCUGGACCGCACAGCAGGAGUGGACGAUGCUGAAAUAGACGCAGCCCUGGAAGAAGCCAGGGCGGCAACUGAGCAUCCUGGCUCACUCACAACACAAUCAUAA